AACAGACAUUCUUUUUAAGUUCCUGAAGAUUGUCUGGAUGUACGUCAACUUCCGAUAACGCGUUUCUUGACUGUUUUGCUUACACAUAGAUGGGAAUCAAACCGUAUGUUAUAGGUGCACUUGCACAGAGAUUUCCGUUCUCACAUCUAGUAGAUAAUUCUCAAGCCGGAAGCGAUUCCCGCGGCAGUUAGGGACAAACAGCAUUAACGUCUUUCUCAACGUUAACGACUUUUUCUCUGCAUUCAGUGGUCGGCCGCGGCAAAAAACACAUCUCAACUUUUAAAUUAAAUUUGGAAAGUGUAGUUAUGUCGUUUAAAUCAAGUUAUAGGAACGAUCGCGUUACAGUUGAAGACCGGCGCACUGACAGCCUAAUGCUGUUACUGAUACCUUAAUUAACGCUGUUUUCAAACAGCAGUGUAUUUCUUGUACAUAAUAAGAAACAAUAAAUCGCAAUGAGCAAUUCGAAGUCAGACAGUGAUUUCGAUGCGGUGAUGUUCAGAUUCAACAUAGCGGUUGGGAUUUUUGAAAUAUUGGGUGUGUCAACGAUUUUUAUGCUAACGGGGUGGAUUAACACGUUUCAAGGAUUUACAUGGCAGUGGCGAUCCGACCCUGAACAAGAAUUCUUUUAUCAUCCCUUUCUGGCUACUAUCGCAUUUGUAUUUGUCCAUGGUAAUGCCAAUUUGGUGUAUCGGAUAUUCCGAAAUUAUCCUAAAUUUUGGCUGAAGAUAAUACAUGCCAGCCUGCAGUUUAUCGCUAUUGUUUUCAUGGUUUGUGCACUGAUUGCGGUUUUUGAUUCCCAUAAUCUACUGACGGACGAGAAAGGGCGUCCAACGCCGUAUCCGAAUUUGUAUUCGCAGCACGGGUGGCUGGGAAUUACAAUAUUCAUUGUAUUUUCACUGCAGUGGAUCUUUGGAUUCAUCGCAUUCUUAUACCCGAAAGCGAAUUUAUCGUUGGCGAAAGAAUACAUGCCGAUCCAUGUAUUUUUCGGCAUAUUAUUAUUUGGACUUCUCGUUGUGCAAGCGCUGCUAGGAUUGACCGAAGAACAGUUUUAUGACGUACAUAAUUUCGAGAGCAACACCGGCGAAGCGGCACUCGUAAAUUCAACCGGAUACAUCAUAGUAUUUUUCGGCAUAACCGGAAUCUACUUGAUGGCUAAUCCCAGAUUCCGGCGUCUCCCAGGACAAAACGAUGACGGCCAGUAUAAACGAAUAUCCGGAGAAGAGCAAGAAUAGUAGCGCUCUGUCUUACUAAUUCACAAGUAUUUUUAAUAAACCCAUGAGAUGUGAGUUUUGUUACACCUGUUGUUAUAAUACUUCCUAUGGUCUUUUUGUGCCUGCGGAAAUUGGAGAAAAUACAUUUACGGCAGUUCUUGCACAGCAAGAUUGUACAUUAUACAUAUCUGCAAUUUCGAAUUGGUGAUUCGAUCUUUUCCAAUGCCCGGCAAAAUAUAUUUUUAUUAUAUUCCUUUGGAUAGUCUCACAGAGCUAUUAUUAAUUUUUAUUUGUUACCAAAUAGAAUAAUUACUUUUGCAUCUGAUUUUUGGGUUUUAAUAAAAAUUUU